AUGGUGAAAGAUAUGAUACAAGUCCUUCAUCCUACUGAUUUCAUGAAUCCUUUGGCUAAACCACUCCAAGAAAAGGAAUCGGAUGAAGAUUAUGGCAUAAAAAUGAUGGCAAGUACAAUAUCAAUAGGACGAAGUUUAACUAAAAGGGGACCUAAAAUAAAUGAAGUAGUAGUUGUAAUGGAAGAAGAACAACCAAGAGGAAGUUGGAAGUUUAGGAAUCAUUGGAGAGCUGACAUGAGGUAG